CUUUUUUCCAUGUGAAGUUUUAUCAUAAUGUGUAUUAGUACACUUCUCUCUCUAAUUAAAUUGUUUUAGUAAUAUCAUGUAAACAAGAUGGAGAUACAGUGUUGGGACUGGCGUGAUUCCGAGAUCCGAUCUCGGUUUGAAGAACUGUUUUUUGGGGACCAAGACUAUAUCAAGACUGGAACUGAUGAUUGUAUAGAAUUCUGGAAUUUCUUUGACAGAUUUCAGAGGUUCCAGUCUCUUAAGGGAAAAGUCGCAUCCGAUAAACAAAAACCAAGAAAGCCAGAAAGGGAAAAACCGUCUCGUCUUGAGUGCCUGGUCCAGGAUUUGCCUAGACAGUACGAUUCGCGUUAUAGAAUAAACCUGUCGGUACUCAUAGAUGGCAUGGAAGGCGUUACAUCUUCCAGGCACAAAACUAAAAGACAACAGGGUGAUAAGACCAGAAAAAGUAAUAUUAUUACUAGAGAGCGCGUUUCUGAGUUUCGCAGAGGCUUGCUACAUUUUAUUGAUUUUACUCAGAAACAGAGUUUUGAUAAACUCUUCAAAUUGCAGAAGGAGAAAAUGAACUUGCCUAUUUACCAGUAUAAAGACAAAAUUGUGGAAAUGGUUAAGGCUCACAGAGUUAUAGUGGUGGCUGGAGACACAGGUUGUGGGAAAUCAACUCAGGUUCCCCAGUACUUAUUGUCAGCUGGGUUUGAGCGUAUUGCCUGCACUCAGCCUAGAAGAAUCGCUUGUAUUUCCUUAGCAAAACGAGUUGGCUUUGAAAGUCUCAAUCAGUAUGGCUCUCAGGUGGGAUACCAGAUCCGCUUUGAGACAACAAGAUCUCCAGCCACUAAAAUUGUAUUUCUAACUGAAGGGUUGCUGCUUCGACAGAUCCAGCGAGAGCAAACAGUCUCCCAGUACAAUGUGGUGAUAGUUGACGAGGUGCAUGAGCGACAUCUGCACUGUGACUUCUUACUGGGCAUUCUGAGGAAGCUACUUCCACAACAUCCCAGCCUGAAGGUCAUUCUUAUGUCUGCCACAAUCAACAUCCGCAUGUUCUCAGAGUAUUUCAGUUCUGCCCCAGUCAUUCAGGUCCCUGGAAGGCUGUUCCCUAUUAAAGUCAACUAUCAGCCUAUUCCACAACAAGAAUCGACUUCAAAAACAGAUAAACUUGAUCCACAACCAUACCUGAGAGUAAUGCAGUCAAUUGAUGUCAGGUACCCUGCAGAGGAACGGGGUGAUCUUCUAAUCUUUCUGAGUGGAACGUCUGAGAUAUCGACAGUAAUGGAGGCCAUCCAGACAUACGCCUCUCACACAAAACGUUGGAUUGUAUUGCCACUCUAUAGUACUCUAUCCAUUGCUGAACAAGACAAGGUGUUUGAUAUGCCUCCUCCAGGAAUCAGAAAAUGUAUUAUUUCAACGAAUAUUGCAGAAACUUCUGUCACAAUUGAUGGAGUGCGAUUUGUGGUGGACUCUGGCAAAGUAAAGGAAAUGAGCUUUGACCCAAAGGCAAAAAUGCAACGUUUACAAGAAUUCUGGAUCAGCCAAGCCAGUGCAGAACAACGUAAAGGACGUGCUGGCAGGACAGGUCCAGGUGUGUGCUACCGCCUUUACUCGGAGUCGGACUAUGAUGCAUUCACGCCAUAUCCUGUGCCUGAAAUACAGAGAGUUGCUUUAGAUGCUCUGGUCUUACAGAUGAAGAGUAUGAGUCUAGGGGACCCCCGGACAUUCCCAUUCAUAGAACCACCUCCUCUGUCCAGUGUUGAGACUGCAGUGCGUUAUCUCCAAGAGCAGGGUGCAGUUGAUGAAACGGAGCAGCUCACAACCAUUGGAAACCUCCUGGCUCAACUUCCUGUAGAUGUUGUCAUUGGUAAAAUGCUGAUUUUAGGCUGUGUAUUUCAUAUUGUGGAACCUGUUCUUACCAUCGCAGCAGCACUUAGUGUGCAAUCGCCUUUCCAGCGUAAUGCACACACCAGACUAGAGUGCAGCUCAGCAAGAAAAGAACUGGAGAGUGAUCAUGGAGAUCCCUUCACACUGCUGAAUAUCUUCAAUGAAUGGGUGAAGGUGAAGUCAGACAAGGCUUGCAACUCAAAGAAAUGGUGUCGACGCCGUGGGGUUGAAGAACAGAGGUUAUAUGAAAUAGCCAAUCUGAGGCGUCAGUUUAAGGAAUUGCUGGAAACCCAUGGACUGCUGAGUGAAGCAAGUGUUCAUUCAGGAGACUGCUAUAGCCGACAACAAAAAUACAAGGAGCAAAGAGAACUUUACAAGCUGAAGCGACAGCAUGAUGCGCAGAAAAUCAGGAAGAGCAAAAUACUUCGGCUAAAUGAUGAAGCAUGGAGUGGAUCUAGUGAUGAAGAUGAAGGAAGCAGUUCUAGGGGAAGAAGGAAAAGCAGUGAUGUUGAUAUCCAGGAUGUCAAGUUUAAGUUGCGGCAUGAUGUUAAGGAGCUCCAUAGUGCUAUAGAUAGCAGUCGUGGUCUGUCUCAGUCUCCCAUCAUACUGCUGAAGCUGGUGUUGUGUCGUGGGCUCUACCCUCAGGUUGCUGUACCAGAUGAAUAUAACAACUGCCGGAAGGACUCUGAACAGGUUUUUCAUACGGAAAGUAAACAGGGUGUAGUGUUGCAUCCAACAAGCAUAUUUGUCAGCAAACCUGAACUUCUGCAGUUUGAUGAAGAUAAAAGCAACAAAAGAGCAGGAUCACAGAAAGACGUGAGCUUGCAUCAUCAACUAUUGGCCUUUGUGUCACUUUUGGAAACCAAUAAACCCUACAUUGUGAACUGUGUCCGCAUUCCUGCAUUACAGGCCUACCUUCUUAUAGCCCGUACAGUGGACACAAAUGCAGACUGUACAAGGAUUGUGCUUGAUGGCUGGGUUGAGGCUUGUAUCAGCGAUAGUGAAACUGCUCUUCAGAUCAUCUCUUCUGCUGUAAAACUGCGAACAGAGUGGGAACGAGAGCUAAAUGAGCAACUUGAGAACCAGCGGAGCAGAAAAGAUUCUGACAAAAGACGUGACAGCAAAGCUGUGUCAGUAACUCAAACGUUGCUUGAGUUCAUGAAGACAGAGGCAGAGUACAGUAUUCAUCGACUCACUGCACUGCAGACACAGAAUCUUUAUGUUGGACCACAAACCAGUACUCAUCUUGGCUGUGUGCCAGGUUUCUUCUCAGAGUUAAAGGCAGAACCUAAUCUAGUCAAGGGAGGAUUUGCAGUGAAUAGCUUUUUUACCUACAACUGCCUUAUUGAUAAUGAAGAUUUGUAUAUGGAUUGCUUAAGAACAUUCUGGACCUGUCCAAACUGUGAUUUUUAUGCUCCUGUUACUCCACUGGAACGCAUGAAACAUCAGGAACUGUGUUUACCUAAAACUCAAGUACAACACCAAGAAGGGACAUCUGAAAUGCCAGAUGAAAAACUUCAGAAAAGUUCUGCCUUUCUCAGGCUAUACCAUUGUGAUGUCUGUGACAAGGAUUACAUGUUUUCUUCCACAGAGAUACUGAAACACAGAAGGCAACAUCAAUGAGUUACUUCCAGCUUUAAAGGGCUACACUGGAAAGUGUGAUGAGAUAUACAAAAUGACUAUGUGAUGACUUGUAGUCUUAUGUUGUGGAAGGUCAUGUUGUGGAAGGUCAAGUAACCCUUUUCCUUACUAAGAAUGUAUUUGUUGGAUAUGCUUGACAUUAUGUAUUUAUUUUUAUUUGAUGCCCAGAAAUAUACUCUGGGCAAAGCUCCAAUAACAGCACAGGGUACACACCAGCAAGCAAAAGAUGCACAUUUUCAGCAUGGCUUACAAAGCAGGGAUCCUAUCUAAACAGAACAGUUAACAUUUCUAUUUACAGAUGAGACAUCAUCCCUUAACUGUAUAAGCAUUGAGGACAUGGAGCACAAUUUCAGAAACAAAUCAUAUACCUGGAUGCAGUUUAUCACAGAGCCACAUGCAGCUGAUUAAAAAUGUAUGUUUCGAAUUUCAGAAUCCAGUACAAGAAACAAAACGUGUCUCUUGACAAAAUGAGUCAAGAGUCAACAGACUGAACUGGAUGAAGAAAACAAAGUGCAGUAAGAAACAAUAGUCAACAGUAAAUAGUAAUGUACAUUGAUAAGAACGAAUUAUGAAAUAUAAACAGGGCUGUAUGUAAACUGCCAAAUGUCAUGUCCUAAGGUGCAAAGAGAUUAACAUUGUUUACUGAACCAGCAUGUGUGUACAACAGCUAGUUGUUUUGCAACAGUGAGAGCAGUAUAAGUCAGCAGACUGGACAAAUAACACAGGUAGCAGUGAAUAUGAAAAGAGCACUCACUUGUCGGUAAAAAUGUUCAGACUAUAACCUGACAUUAUUUGAGGGUGUUCAUAUGUUGCAGUGCAUGGAACACCACGAUUAACUGCCAAAACUGAGAAAAAGAUUAACUUGUUAAGCACAUCCCUAAAGAGAGACCCAAUCUUAACAGUGCUUAGGGGUACUUAACAAAAGCUUAUUAAGCACACCUGUGUGCUAUUAAGAUUACAUCUCAUGCUAGAAACUAAUAGCGGAGAGUGCCAUCUGGUAAAAAGCAGCUUUAAAAGGUAAAACAGCUUUUAAAAGCUGUUCGAAUUUCACCCUGCCAUAGUUAUGAACAAGUGUAUAACAGCUUUAAAAACAAUUAGUUCUACAGAGGAGCAUUUUGUUUCUGUCUGCUGUUUGACACACUAAGUGCUUUGCUGGGUUAGAAUACCAGUAAAACAGUUCACACACUUACAUUUUAUUCUUUUUUUUCUGUACCUAGUAGUACAUGGAGAAAAUAACAUUCCAUAUACUACAAAGAAUUAUGAUUGUGCGAUUUUGACAUGGGUGUCAAGAGAUUCACCUCUUGAGCUUCACCAUUCAUGCUAAUUUCUUGACACUGAUGCUUUGAACACAUACAUAAUUAGCUGCCUAUGUUUGGAGACUGAUAAUAAUCCUCUGUCCUGCACAGGUACCAAAAGUAACAUGCAUAAGUAGAGAGGGAGCAGAUAUAUAAAUAAAAGCAAGAGCAGGUUUCUGCUGUUUCAGUAGUCUGAAGUUGCAAGCAAGGUUGUGCUGUUUUUUUAGAAGAUGUUUUAUUUAAUUGUGCCACAAAAUUUUAUUUGUAUUAUCUUACAAUAGCAACUUAUUGUUAUAGGCCUUGUUACAGAAAACAACAAAUUAAAGUUUAUAAAAGAA